AUGCCCGCUGUUGAAGUGUUCAGAAAUUCGACUUAUUGCGACUUGCUUGAAACAUCGCUGGGCCAAAUUCAUCCCUAUCAGCAGCAUAAUUGUUUUAUACUGAACGCAGAGGGCGAAAGUGUACAUAUAUGCCGGACGUUGCUAAAGGUUGUUUCACCUUAUUUUGCAAGCAUUCGUAACUCUGACAUAAAAGGCGAGUUAGAAGAAUUAAUUAAAUUGAGAAAAAUUGACAUAUGUACGCUAAAAGAACUCACCUGUUACAUGCGUAGUGGGAUGAUUAGAAUUUCCAAAGACAAUGUGCAAUCACUUCUCGCAAUGUCGGAGAGAUUUCAAAUGGAUUGGAUUAAGGAUAAAUGUUGUCGAUUUCUCAAACAGCAUUUUAACCACACAAACUGUUUUAGUAUACGGAGACUUGCUGAAACGCAUUCAUGUAAAGAAUUGUAUAACUACUCUUACAAUUAUAUUCUAAGAAGAUUUGAGAAAUUGACGAGUAGUCAAGAUUUUCUUUCAUUAUCCUUAGACGAAAUUGAAAAACUUAUACAAGACGAAGAUUUGUGUGUAAAAUCGGAAAAAAGCGUACUUCAAGCUGUAAUGAACUGGAUAAAGUACAGCCCGGAAAAACGGAAUAUUCACUUAGAUUGAUGGCAGCAAACAUGAGAUUGCUCGUCGUAAUAGGUGCCAGCAAAAAGAUGAUUUUCCCGCGCUUAAGCUUAAUGAUUUUCGUCAAUCAUGCACGGUCUCGUCGGAAGUGUCGAUCUUGAAAUAUGUUAACAUUAACGUAAUAAUGAACGACACCAUGAAGUUCGGCAAAAAUAUUUUGCUGAAUAUGAAAACGUGAUGCACGAUAAACACCCAACAUAAGCCUGGGCUCAGGCUCUGGGACGAGAUUCGCUAACAACUACCCUUUAUUCUCAAG